AUGUUGAACCCUGGGCAGUCCUCGGGGUCGUCGCUGUUGGCGAUGAGACGCUGCCGAUGGAGGUACUCCGCCACCUUCGCGGCCUCCUCGUCGCCCCCCUCCUCCUUCACCUUCGGCUUCGGGAACAGGAGGGGCGCGCUAGUUCUCGGAUGUCCAGGGUCUUCCUCCCCAUUCCAGAACCCAGACAGACCCACCGAAGCGAACACCACCACCAUGGCAGCGGCAGCGGCAGCGGCAGCGGCGGCGAAGCGGCCCUGCCACAUCCACAUCCCGCCGCUGGAGCUCGUCAGGGAGCAGAUCCUCCCCCGCCUCCCGCCCCGCGAACCUGCGUGCCUCCUCCGCGCCUCCCUCGUCUGCAAGACCUGGGCCGCCGCCAUCUCCGACCCCGCCUUCCGCACCCGCCUCCACCAGCUCCACGGCACACCCCCCGUGCUCGGCUUCCUCCACAACUGGGACGACGGCGACGGCGUUCCCCGCUUCAUCCGCACCACCGACUCGCCCUUCGCCCUCGCCGCCGCCCCGGACUGCCGCUCCUGGCGGGCCCUCGACUUCCGCCACGGCCGCGCCCUCUUCCUCUCCAAGGGCCGGGCUACUUGGGAGCUCCUCAUCUGGGAACCAAUCACCGGUUCCAGCCAGCUCCUACGGGUGCCCGAGGCGUUCGAGACCGACCACGGGACCCGGAAGAUGGCCCCGACCGCCGCCGUGCUCUGCGCACUGGAUGGGUGCGACCACCGCGACUGCCGCGGGGGCCCCUUCCGCCUGGUCUUCGUCUUCUCCGUCGCCGCCGACGACGGGUAUGCCACGUCAGCGUACGUGUACUCGUCGGAGACCGGCACCUGGGGCGAGCCGGCUUCGAUGCAGCGCAUGUUCUCCAUGAAAUUCACACGCUACUCCAGUGCGCUCGUUGGGAGGUCUAAGCUCUACUUCAUGUGUGACGAUGUGUGGAUCCUGGGGUAUGACUUGGCGAAGCACAACCUGACCGAGAUUGACCCACCAGACUUCAUGUCGAGUGACGUGGGGAUAUUCAACAUCAUGCCGGCGGAGGACGGUGGACUGGGACUGGGAGUUUGCCAAUAUCUGCAUCCCAACCUCAAACUGUGGACAAAGGACACUGAUGCACCGUGGGUGCUGAGCCGGGUCAUCAACCUGGGCAGAUCGCUCCCAACUGGAAAUAUCCUGAAUCCAGAUGGUAAAGUGCAACUGAUGAGCUUUGCUGAGGGAGCAAAUGUCGUCUUCUUUAACACGAUCACUGGCAUCUUCAUAGCCGGGCUGCAGUCGCAGAAGGUGAGGAAGGUGUGCGUUAAGCGUGGCUUCUGUAAUUUGAUUCCAGUUGUCGGCUUCUACAUUCCUGUGCACCGAGGCGAGCACCAGGAUCCGUCGUCGUCGGGCCCUAGUGAGGAGUCGGGUAGCGAAGAGGAGGAGAAAACAGUGGAUCAGGCGCAGCAGCUGCUCGACAAGGGGUCCAAUGCUAUUAAGGAGGGAGGCUUGGUCAACACCUCCGAAUGUGUCAGCCACGACACUGAGAUCAGGGUUCCACGCCAAGGAGAAGUUGCUUCGGACUGUGCUAGCAUGGAAGACAAACAUGGACAUGGUGGCUUGCCAUCUGAAGCUCAACAAGUGACUGAUCCUAUGGGUCAAAUUCCCAACAGUGCACUAAAUGAAGAAUUGGUGAAGAGUACAUCUACAGCCAGCAAAGAUGAUUCUGGGAACUCAAAGACCUCUGGCAGCAAUGUUGAGGAUGCUGCUCCAACUUCGGAGAAAGGUGAUUCUGAAGAAAGGGUUCCACGUCAUGGAGAAGUUGCUACGGACUGUGCUAGCAUGGAAGACAAACAUGGACAUGACUUGCCAUCUGAAGCUCAACAAGUGACAGAUCCUAUGGGUCAAGUUCCUAACAGCGUACUGAAUGAGGAAUUGGUGAAGAGUACAUCUACAUCCAGCAAAGAUGAUUCUGGGAACUCAAAGACCUCUGACAGCAACGUUGAGGAUCCUACUCCAACUUUGGAGAAUGGUGAUUCUGAAGAAGUGCCGCUUUGCUAAGCUGAUGGUCAGGGGGAUGUUUUAUCAGUCAUCGGCGCCUUCAGUAGGAUCUCUUUCUUCUCUACAGUUGCAAAGACAUGAGUGUUAGCUCUCAUUUUUCAUGGUAUGUAGUUUAGGGUCCAUUUUGAACUCUGAUGCAAGGCACCAAAAGUGGAGGCUUUGACACCUCAGAGAAGUGAAUGCUGCUCAAGACUUGGUCUGAAGAUAUGCUAUGAUGCAAACCUGCUAACUGGGGAUAGAUCUGCUAACUCUGAUGCAAGGCACCAAAAGUUGAGGCUUUGACAUGUCAAAGAAGUGAAUGCUGGUCAAGAUUUUGUCUCAAGAUAACAAUGUCACAACUGGAAGUUGUUGAUUCUUUGAGAAAAAAAUAAUCUUCUGGAUUAGGAUUUAUCAGUUGCAAGAGAACAACAAUGUUUUCCCCCCUCUCCUGCUAUGUAAGAAUCCGUUUCCUGCUU